GUCUUCUUAACUCUCAGACUGCCAAAGUGGAGUCUUAAUCUUGCUUGCCCCAGAUCUCAUUCUGUAUGAUGCCUACUAAACACCAAACGCCCGGCAAGAAGAUGCCAGCUAGUGAUAUCGCAAUACUGUCGGGAGCCAGUGCUCUGCCUGACUCGAUAGAACGGGAAAUUGCAGAUGCACUACCGCCUCGUGAUCGUGGCAGAGCUGCAUGGACAUGUCUGGCAGCCAUAUCAGCCAUAUCCAUGUCAACUUGGGGCUUCGGUGCCACUCAAGGCGUCUUCCGUGAAUACUACUUCAAAAAUCCCCCUUUCCAAGGUAAUCAACUCGUGGCAUCAAUUGGUCUGCUCGUUGUCGGCAUCCUACAAUCACUGUCGCCUUUUCUCCUUCACUUGAUUGGCAGCUACCCAGAGUCCAGGCAAUACAUGAUGUGGGUUGGAAUGGUCUUAGUUGUUGCCUCUUCGCUGGGCGCUGCUUUCUCUACCACAGCCUUGCAGGUCAUUAUGACUCAAGGCUUGAUGUACGGGCUUUCGAGUGGCCUUCUCUUUGCCCCUUGCAUCAGCUUUGUCGACGAGUGGUUUCUCCAGCGCCGCGGACUUGCGAAUGGCAUAUUCUUUGGCUCGGCCAAUAUUGCUUCAGCUGCCCUCUCGCCUAUAUUUGCACGUCUUUUGCAGCGCUUCGGGCCACGUACGACCCUCAUUGGUUGGACACUAUUCAUCGCCAUCACGAUUUCCAUAGGUAUCCUGUGCAUACGCACUCGCCCCACACAGAGCACACGCACCGAGACUGGAGAAGAGAAACGAAGGUCUACAUUCCGACCUUUCAAGAGCAUGUACUUUUGGUUAUUUGUAUUCUCAAUGGCUGUACAGAGCUUAGCCAACAACCUCCCCGCGAACUAUCUUCCCAGCUAUGCCACCGAUCUUGGAGUGGACUCGACAAAUGCAGCGCUUUUGGUCACAUAUCUGUCACUGUCUGGUAUCGUCGGCCAGGUUUCGCUUGGAGCCCUGACAGACGCAAUUGGCCCUCUAGUUCCAAUGCUACUCAGCACUCUAAUCAGCAGCUUCGCGGUUCUUCUUGUAUGGGGCUUAGGUAAAACAUAUUGGACUAUGGUUAUUGUUUCGGUUCUUUUUGGGGCUUUCGCUUUCAGUUUUAUGGUUCUGCGAAGUCACAUGGCCGCUAUUGUGGUGAACGAUAGCGACCGACCAGCAGAGGAGCUUCUUGUUUCUGGAGUUCUCUUAUUCACAAGAGGAAUUGUGGGAGUUGUAUCCGGUUAUAUCGCUGCCGCAGUUCUCCAGAGCACUGGGGACAAGGGAGUGACUUCUGGAUACGGUGCAGGAAAAUGGCGCACGUUCAUCAUUCUAUUAGGCACCACAAUGACUGCGGCGACCAUUGGCGUUCUCGGCCUUAUCAAGAAGAAGACUACCUCUUAGCUCUCAGCCCCACUUAGUUACCUCGAUGAUACGUACAUCAGUAGAUAAAUCCUCGAGUCUCCUGUCGAC